CCGGGAGUCGCGCCUGCGCGCUGCUAGUCUCGGCUGUGCACCGACUUUUCCGAGCGGAGUUCUAGGCCAAUGGCUCCCAAGCUGCGGCUGCUGACAUGGGAUGUGAAGGACACAUUGCUUCGACUCCGCCGUCCAGUGGGAGAAGAAUACUCAGCCCAGGCUCAGGCCCAGGGGCUAAAGGUAGAGGCAGAAGCCCUUGGAUCAGCCUUCCAUCAAGCAUACAAGGCCCAAGAGCAGAAGUUCCCCAACUAUGGGCUAAGCCAAGGCCUCACCUCGAGACAAUGGUGGCUAGAUGUUGUCUUACAGACGUUCCACCUGGCAGGAGUACAGAACUCCAGUAUCGUCGAUCCCAUUGCCAACAAACUGUAUGAGGACUUCUGCAGUGCUAAAACCUGGCAGAUGCUAGAAGGAGCUGAAUCCACUCUGCAGCAGUGCCGUGAACGGGGCCUGCGGCUAGGUGUUGUUUCCAACUUUGACCGGAGGCUAGAGGACAUCUUGGCUCGCUGUGGUCUCCGGAAGCACUUCGAUUUCAUACUGACAUCUGAGACAGCUGGCUGGGCCAAACCUGACCCACGAAUCUUCCAACAGGCCCUGCGGCUUGCUGAUAUAGAGCCCACCCAGGCAGCGCACAUUGGGGACCAUUACCUGAAUGACUACCAGGCACCCCGGGAGGUGGGCAUGCACAGCUUCCUGCUGAUGGGUACCAAGACCCAGGACCGCUUUCUAAGAACUGUCCCUAAGGAACACGUCCUGCCUUCCCUACCCCACCUUCUGGUUGCCCUCAGUCACUUGGAGGGCUCAGACCCAAAGCAUUGAAGAUUGGUGGGGAAGGUGAAUUGGUAAAAUCCCUGCAAGCUGAGCGUCCCAGGUGGGAGAAGGCAAUGGAAAUCCCAGCCAGCAGCACCUACUGUUGGAAACAUUGGCUCCUUCCCAUAUGGGCAAAGUGGGAGCUGUUCUCCUUUCAGCUUCAAUAGCAGACUUCUAUGGCUACCAUAAAAUUAAAUACCAUAACUGAGUAUUACGAUUCCUUGUUG